CUCCUUCUGCACUUCUCCACUUUCCAUUCUCUGCUGUCUCUGCCCGUCCUCUCUCUCCCUCUGCCAUCCUCCCUGCCUCUCUCUCUCUGUCUCUCCCUCCCCCCGUGUGAGUUCUCCUCCUCUCUCCUCCCAGUCCUGUCCUCCUGUGCGGACGGUGCGAGUGCUCGUGGGAGUGUGCUGAGAGUGCAUGCGGGUCCCGCUCCCUCGGACGCCUCCCGUCUCCGCUCCUGGGGUCUUCUCAUCCCGACCGCCGCUGGCUGGCCCGCCCCCCGCCCGGCAGCCGCCAUUUCGGUCCCAGGGAGACCCACGCUGGCCUCGCAGCCCCUCCCCCGGCUCAGCCUGGGGAGGAAGACCCUGGUGGUGGCGGCGGUGGGGGUCAUGCUCAUCCUGGUGCUGGUCGUCCUCAUUCCCGUGCUGGUGAGCUCCGUGGGCACCGACGCCGGGUCCUACGAGAUGCUGGGCACGUGCCGGAUGGUCUGCGACCCGUACCUGAACAAGGAAGCCGCCAGCAGCACCAGCGCCAGCACCAGUUCUGGGUACGGGGUUGGUGCUGAGGCCGAGGCCCUGAGCGAACGGGGCGUGGCACCCCCCCCUUCCACCUUGGUGCAAGGCCCGCAGGGCAAGCCGGGCCGGCCGGGGAAGCCCGGACCCCCGGGACCUCCAGGAGAACCGGGUCCCCCGGGGCCCAGGGGCCCCCCGGGGGAGAGGGGGGACCCAGGCAGGCCCGGGAUAAUGGGGCCGGGGGUAUACAGUGGAGCUAUCAGCACAGCCACGUACACCACCGUCCCCCGGGUGGCCUUCUAUGCCGGGCUGAAGAACCCCCACGAGGGCUAUGAGAUCCUCAAGUUCGACGACGUCGUCACAAACCUGGGCAAUGACUACGACGGCGCCUCAGGAAAGUUCAUCUGCAGCAUUCCCGGCACCUACUUCUUCAUCUACCAUGUGCUAAUGAGGGGUGGGGAUGGCACCAGCAUGUGGGCAGACCUCUGCAAGAAUGGACAGGUGCGAGCCAGUGCCAUCGCUCAGGAUGCAGACCAGAACUACGACUACGCCAGCAACAGCGUCAUCCUGCACCUGGACACCGGGGACGAGGUCUACAUCAAGCUGGACGGCGGAAAGGCCCACGGGGGGAACAGCAACAAGUACAGCACCUUCUCUGGGUUCAUCCUGUACGCGGACUGAAGGCAGGCCUCUGUGAGACUCUCAGCCCGGCUCUCUACACCUGCUCCAUCGGCCUCUCUCUCCAACAAAAUGGCGGGAAGUCCAGUGUUGCGGUUCAUCCUGGUCAGACACUGUACGCUGACACCCAGAUAUUUUCCAUUUUUCUCAGCUCUGCUUUUGGUUUUGAGAAAAAAAAGUCAGCUGUUUUCUUUUCAAACGCAAAAAGGGACAUAAGUAUUUCAUCCCACGCUCAAUUGAUUUACUGAGAUGUGUUUGUAUUAUUGUAUACUACUUAAUGUAUUGGUGUAUUAAUAUGUCCAGACAUGUUAAAUGAGGAGGUGAAAGUCAUUGCCUCUAAUUCCUCUGCUUCUUGGUCUCUUGUGGGAAUAACCUGUUUCUUUAGCACAAUCAUUUUUGUGGCUGGGGAUUAGACGGAGCUUCAGAUCUGGACCCUUAAGAUUGAGUAACGUGCGUGGCAGUGUUGCAGAGGGGACACACGUUUCCCAUUUUACACUGGACACAGGGCCACCUCUUGGAUCCGUAUUGUCCUUGUCUUGUCUCCUGUGAACACAUGAUGUCAUAGCUGAAUGUUGGUUACGAAAAACUGAGGGAAACAUAACGGGAACUCCUUUUUUCCAGACUUUAUUUUAACAAGGGCCAAGUCUUGCCCAUCAGUCCUGGCCUUUCUAUUUGAGGUUUGGACCUGUUUGUUGUGUCUAAUGCAGAACUACCGAAUGGGUUUGUGGGAGACUUCAUAUACAAUAGAUGUUAACAUUUGAUGUAUAAAUCCUUGACAGUAUUGUUCUUGUAAUGAUGUAACUUAUAAGCUUCAGACAAUGAUGGCACUUGAAACUAAGACCCAACAUGGUUGCAACCCUAGCACACAGCAAUCAUAGGCUGCAUACUGUCUGAAAGAUGCAUUCUGCUAGCGUUUAUUCAUGCCUGAAGGUUUAAGCCUUUAACACUAAGCACACUGAUCAAGGAAUUAGAUCUCAUGAUGUGUGUGUGUGUGUGUGUGUGUGUGUGUGUAUGCAACCGUGCAUGCAUGCAUCUGUACGUUUGUGUGUGUGUAUGCGACCACGUGUGCAUCUGUAUGUGUGUGUGUGUGUGCAAGUG